UAUAAAUACAGCCGGUUGGGGACCGUUGAUUUCAUUCGUUUCAUCGACUGAACUGAAAAAUGUCUGGAAGAGGAAAAGGUGGGAAGGGACUCGGUAAAGGAGGCGCCAAGCGUCACCGUAAAGUUCUCCGUGAUAACAUCCAGGGCAUCACCAAGCCCGCCAUCCGCCGUCUGGCUCGCCGCGGCGGAGUGAAGCGUAUCUCCGGUCUCAUCUACGAGGAGACCCGAGGUGUGCUCAAGGUGUUCCUGGAGAACGUCAUCCGUGACGCCGUCACAUACACCGAGCACGCCAAGAGGAAGACGGUGACCGCCAUGGAUGUGGUGUACGCUCUGAAGAGACAGGGCCGCACCCUGUACGGCUUUGGAGGCUAAACAACGAUCUGACA